AUGGCACAUUGCUAUGAACAGAAACAGUUCAUAGCGCGUGAGAUAGAAGUAUUUGAAGAAGAGAUCGGAUUUUACGACAUACUUUCCAAAGCAGAUGUACUCAUUGGUAUGGUGGAGCAUCAGAUGAUAUAUGCUCGAGCAUACGCAAAGAAAUACGCGAAUUCAUCGAUUUCACAUGCAGAACAAUGCAAAAUUGUUUUUACCGGCAUUUGCCCAACAACUGGGGAGCGGCUCAAGCAAGAGAAUCCCAUAGAUCCCGAUGCAAAAGAAAAAGACAAGGCAAGCAAAACUGCGCUCAUAAACAACUAUAAUGAGCAAUGCAAUACUUACUGUACAACUCGUACGCACAAAACCUGUGCUGAUGUAAAAUUUGACAAAAAUUCCCAUAAUGAAGUAAUUCUGGCGCAAUCCAAUGCUGCCAGCAGCGAACACUAUCCGCUACCAGAAAAAUUUUUUGAAAGGGCCAGCGAAAAUACGCAGAAGCCGCAAUUCUGUGAAUUUGUUCCUGAUCUAAAUCGCAGUCGGGAACUAUCACAAGAAUGUUUCGACAGGUUGGAUGUGCUCAAUGCAUGCCUUCCGCCAGUAAAAGUCCUUGCAAAAUUUCUACAAUCACAAGUAGAUGUAAUAGAUUUCUACAAGGCACACUACUAUGAACAGAAACAGUUCAUAGCGCGUGAGAUAGAAGUAUUUGAAGAAGAGAUCGGAUUUUACGACAUACUUUCCAAAGCAGAUGUACUCAUUGGUAUGGUGGAGCAUCAGAUGAUAUAUGCUCGAGCAUACGCAAAGAAAUACGCGAAUUCAUCGAUUUCACAUGCAGAACAAUGCAAAAUUGUUUUUACCGGCAUUUGCCCAACAACUGGGGAGCGGCUCAAGCAAGAGAAUCCCAUAGAUCCCGAUGCAAAAGAAAAAGACAAGGCAAGCAAAACUGCGCUCAUAAACAACUAUAAUGAGCAAUGCAAUACUUACUGUACAACUCGUACGCACAAAACCUGUGCUGAUGUAAAAUUUGACAAAAAUUCCCAUAAUGAAGUAAUUCUGGCGCAAUCCAAUGCUGCCAGCAGCGAACACUAUCCGCUACCAGAAAAAUUUUUUGAAAGGGCCAGCGAAAAUACGCAGAAGCCGCAAUUCUGUGAAUUUGUUCCUGAUCUAAAUCGCAGUCGGGAACUAUCACAAGAAUGUUUCGACAGGUUGGAUGUGCUCAAUGCAUGCCUUCCGCCAGUAAAAGUCCUUGCAAAAUUUCUACAAUCACAAGUAGAUGUAAUAGAUUUCUACAAGGCACACUACUAUGAACAGAAACAGUUCAUAGCGCGUGAGGUAGAAGAGUUCAUAGAAGAGAGCGACUUUUACGACAUACUUUCCAAAGCAGAUGUACUCAUUGGUAUGGUGGAGCACCAAAUGAUGUAUGCUCGAACAUUUGCAAAGAAAUACGCGAAUUCAUCGCGUUUACAUGCAAAACAAUGCAAAACUGUUUUUACCGGCAUUUGCCCAACAACAGAGCAGCCUGAGAAUCCUGUGGAUUCCGGUGCAAAAGAAAAUGAGGAGGCAAGCAAAAUUGCACUCGAGAACGAUGAUAAUGAACAAUGCAGUACUUAUUGUUCAAAAAAUCAUGCACAGGGGACCUGUGCAGAUGUAAAACUUGACAAAAAGUCAAUCAAAGUCGCCGGAAAUGAGAAAAUGGCGGCGCAACCGAAUGCGGCCAGCAGCGAACAGUACCACCUCCUAUCAGAAGAAUAUUCUGAAACGGCUAGCGAAAACACCCAGAAACUGCAACUGUUUCAAAUGACAUCUAACAAACUUGCCGAUCGUAGCGAUCGGCAACAAAGAUCUGAGCGCGAAAUACCCACGAAUCGUGGAGCAAAAGACGAGGCAAACAAAAUUGCGCUUACAAGCGAUUAUAAUGAAAAUUGCAAUAUUUAUCGUGCAAAAAAUCGUACGCACAAGGCCUGUGCAGAUGGAAAACUUGACGAGAAUCUACUCAUAGGCGCCUCCAAUAAAGAAACAGCUGCGCAAACUAUUGCUGUCAGCAACGUGGAGUACAUCCUAUCAGAAAAAUAUUCUGAAAAGGGUAGCAAAAAUACGCAGAAACCGCAAUUAUGUAAAAUGAUAUCUAGUAAAUUUGCCGAUCAUAGCGAUCGGCAAGAAAGACAGUGUUGUCACCUUGUUCCAUUACUUACUUCGCCAAAUUCUCGGCUCAUCUCCUGCAACGAAGUGGUUCCCGUUUUCACGCGCACGUACCCUCGUCAACGGCCAGCGAGGGACCCCGACAAGAACGCCAGAAGGACAUGGAAUGGCACCCACCAGAUGAAGGACAUGCCCAAUUACCCCGAUGAAGAUGCAAGAUCACCACCAUCCUAUUCAACUGUUUGUAUUCUGUCAACAACUAUUCUGCCCACCGUCGAUGCCAACUGCCCCUCCAACGCCGACUCGCUAUCGCCAAAUACCGCAAAUCCACCAACUUCAACAUCACAGACGCAAUCCACGACAUCCAAACAAGAAGAAGAGACCUCUCUAGUGAUAGCAUUUUAUUUAUUCGUUCCAUUGUUAUUAUGA